AGUAGUUGUGGGCGCUUUUGCAACCGCCGCGGACGCCGCCGAGGUGUUUGUGUAGGUUCGCGGGACUCCGGCUGGAGAGUGAGAGUGAGCCGGGAGCGGAGAUAUGGAAGGAGAUGGUUCAGACCCAGAGCCUCCAGACGCAGGGGAGGACAGCAAGUCAGAGAAUGGGGAGAAUGCACCCAUCUAUUGCAUCUGCCGAAAACCAGACAUCAACUGCUUCAUGAUUGGAUGUGACAGCUGUAAUGAGUGGUUCCAUGGGGACUGCAUCCGGAUCACUGAGAAGAUGGCCAAGGCCAUCCGAGAGUGGUACUGUCGGGAGUGCCGAGAGAAAGACCCUAAACUGGAGAUUCGCUAUCGGCACAAAAAGUCACGGGAGCGGGAUGGCAAUGAACGGGACAGCAGUGAGCCCCGGGAUGAGGGUGGAGGGCGCAAGAGGCCUGUCCCAGAUCCAGACCUGCAGCGCCGGGCAGGAUCAGGGACAGGGGUCGGGGCCAUGCUUGCUCGGGGCUCUCCUUCACCCCACAAAUCCUCUCCGCAGCCACUGGUGGUCACACCUAGUCAGCAUCACCAGCAGCAACAGCAAAUCAAAAGGUCAGCUCGAAUGUGCGGUGAGUGUGAGGCAUGCCGGCGUACAGAGGACUGUGGCCACUGUGACUUCUGCCGUGACAUGAAGAAAUUCGGGGGCCCCAACAAGAUCCGGCAGAAGUGUCGGCUUCGCCAGUGUCAGCUGCGAGCCCGGGAAUCGUACAAGUACUUCCCUUCCUCGCUCUCGCCGGUGACACCUUCAGAGUCCUUGCCAAGGCCCCGCCGGCCACCGCCCACUCAGCAGCAGCCACAGCCAUCACAGAAGCUGGGCCGCAUCCGUGAAGAUGAGGGGGCAGUGGCGUCAUCCGCCGUCAAGGAACCACCCGAGGCUACAGCCACACCUGAACCACUCUCAGAUGAGGACCUAACACUGGAUCCUGACCUGUACCAGGAUUUCUGUGCAGGGGCCUUUGAUGACCAUGGCCUACCCUGGAUGAGUGACACAGAAGAGUCUCCAUUCCUGGACCCUGCACUUAGGAAGAGGGCAGUGAAAGUGAAGCAUGUAAAGCGUCGGGAGAAGAAGUCUGAGAAGAAGGUGAUGGAGAGGGUAAAAUGGAAGGAGGAGAGAUACAAGCGGCAUCGGCAGAAACAGAAGCACAAGGAUAAAUGGAAGCACCCAGAGAGGGCUGAUGCCAAGGACCCUGCAUCACUACCACAGUGCCUGGGACCUGGCUGUGUGCGUGCCGCUCAGCCAGGCUCCAAGUAUUGCUCAGAUGACUGUGGCAUGAAGCUGGCAGCCAACCGCAUCUAUGAGAUCCUGCCCCAGCGCAUCCAGCAGUGGCAGCAGAGCCCUUGCAUUGCUGAAGAGCAUGGCAAGAAGCUGCUAGAACGCAUUCGCCGUGAGCAGCAGAGUGCCCGUACUCGCCUUCAGGAAAUGGAACGCAGAUUCCAUGAGCUUGAGGCCAUCAUUCUGCGUGCCAAGCAGCAGGCUGUGCGCGAGGAUGAGGAGAGCAAUGAGAAUGACAGUGAUGACACAGACUUGCAGAUAUUCUGUGUCUCUUGCGGGCACCCCAUCAACCCACGUGUUGCCUUGCGCCACAUGGAGCGCUGCUAUGCCAAGUAUGAGAGCCAGACGUCCUUUGGAUCCAUGUACCCAACACGCAUUGAAGGGGCCACACGACUCUUCUGUGAUGUCUAUAAUCCUCAGAGCAAAACAUACUGUAAGCGGCUCCAGGUGCUAUGUCCCGAGCACUCACGGGACCCCAAAGUGCCAGCCGAUGAGGUAUGUGGGUGCCCCCUUGUACGUGACGUCUUCGAGCUCACUGGUGACUUCUGCCGCCUACCCAAGCGCCAGUGCAAUCGCCAUUACUGCUGGGAGAAGCUGCGGCGUGCAGAAGUGGACUUGGAGCGUGUGCGAGUGUGGUACAAGCUGGACGAGCUAUUUGAGCAGGAGCGCAAUGUACGGACGGCCAUGACAAACCGGGCAGGGCUGCUGGCCCUAAUGCUGCACCAAACGAUCCAGCAUGACCCACUCACUACCGACCUGCGCUCCAGUGCUGACCGCUGAGCCUCAUCAGCCCAGAGCCCCUCACACCCUGCAUUCCAGUCAGGAGAGUGGCCCUGAGCCUCCUUUUGUUCCUUCUGUCCCUGUACCUAUCCCCCUUUUGACUGUCCAUUUGCCCUUACAAAAGGUUCUCAGAAUUUUCCUGAGUGUCUGUCUCUGUCUGUUGUCUGUGCUUGGGUGGGACUGUGGAGUCCACUCACCCUUGCCUUCCCCUUGCCCUGCAUUUUGUUAAUAAAAUUUUGAAGAACUGAG